UUUGAUAUAUAAUAUCUGAUAGACUUUUAGACAUGGAUGGCGAGAUUUAAGGAGUUGACCCUUGGAGAAGAAGCAAAUGAUAAACAUAGAGGUAGCUCUAUAUAUCAGAGAAACUCAGUAGAUUAGGCUAAUCUAAGUUGGUGUGGAAAAAUGGGGUUCAUAAGAAGUUACUUCUCCUUCGUCUGCGGAACCAUCUGCGGGAUUUAUAUAGCGCAGAGCUACAACAUUCCAAACAUAGAAAAGGUGGCUCAAGCAGCCUAUUCCAUGGCCAUGCAGAUGGAAGAGAGAUACCGUAAGACAAAGACCAAGCCCAAAGAAGACUUCCAAGACUAAAACAUGUCACUGUUUUCUUUCUACAUUUUUGUAUUAUGAUGAGUUUGUCUUCUUAUUUCCAACAA